AUGACUACACCAUUGCCUUCUAAAUUGGUCUUUCUCUCACAGCUCAGUUCUCUCCCAUCGGACUCCAAAGUGCGAUUCCUGGGCUGCGUAAGAACCUACAAUGUCACAACAGGCCACCUUAUCCUCGAACAUAACUACCCCCGCCAGGCAGGAAAAGAUGCCAUUAUAGCAGUGGACAUCAACCCGUUGCUUGAGACGAUUACAGCCGAGGAACUGCGUGUGGGUGCUUGGGUGAAUGUCCUUGGAUAUGUAAGAAAUCUGGUGCCAGGUACUGGUAAAGAGGACUUUGUCGAGGCGCUUAUGGUGUUUCCGGCUGGACCGGUUUCAUUGGGGGGGUAUGAGAAGACUGUACGGAAUGCGCAGGAUGUGGAUUUGGCGAGGGGGAUAUGAUUUCUUGCUAUUCUCGCAACAUACCAUUUCCGAACAUGCACAUUGAUCAGUCAGUUUGGAGACAAAAAACUUGACUAGACCUGCUUUAUUCCGGCCAUUGCACCGCUACA